AUGGCGGCAGAAAACGCGAUAAGCAUUCUUGUGGCAACAGGAAUACUCCUCUACUUGUCGGUGGUUACGUAUAACCUAUUAAUCCAUCCACUGAAAGACUUUCCCGGCCCGCGGACGCUAGCCGCCAGCAGGAUCCCCGUAACCUACGCCUCUCUGAAGGGGAUACAAGCACAGUGGCUCCAUAACCUUCAUCUAAAGUAUGGACCAGUCGUACGCGUCGCUCCUAAUGAGCUGAGCUUUAUCGAUGAGCAAGCCUGGAAGGAUAUAUAUAGCAGUUCACCCACGGUGCCACAAAGUAUGAAGAGUGGGUCCGAUUUCUUCAGAUAUCUUGAAGACGAUGACAAUCGGCCAUCUAUACUAGCAGCCGAUGAGACAGAUCAUCCAAGGAUUCGGCGAGCCUACGCGCCAGCAUUUUCACGACGAGCCUUAGCCCGUCAGGAGCCAAUCCUAGCCAAGUAUGGUGACGUUCUCGUCGAAACCCUUUCCGGCAUGGAAGGAAAUACCAUCAAUAUACGCGAUUUAUUCCAUCAUACGCUUUUUGAGAUUGUUGGGCAUUUCCAAUUUGGUGAAGAACUGGGAGUCCUGCGAAAAGGAGCACAUAGAACGUGGGUACACAGCCAGCCCAGGUUGGUACGGGUCGCGACUUUGCUAUCAGCUCUCGCCGAAUUCUCCUGGAUCAACCUUCUGUUCCGCUCGACUAUACCCUGGAUGUCGAAGUGGCGCCGCAAGGCUUAUUUCAAGGCUUCGAAUGACCUCAUAGACCAUCGACUUCGUACUCAGAGCGACGAACCUGACCUCAUCGGCCUUACUUUUCGCAACAGUCGCAACUUGUCCCUGACUGAGAAAGACAUCCGUGCCAAUGCCCACAUAAUGAUGACUGGAGGAGCAGAAAUGACCAUGACCACCAUGACAGCCUUGACCGCAUACCUCCUUCAGCACCCUGAGUGUUUCGCACGUCUUAAAAAUGAGAUUCGCACAGCAUUCCACGAUAAGAGCCAGGUAUCUCUGGAAUCAGUAUCGAAUCUUGCUUACCUAGAUGCCUGCAUCAAGGAGGCUCUAAGAAUAUUUCCCCCGAUCCCCGGAGCUAUGCAUCGUGUUACCCCUGCGAGCGGGGCGCGCAUAGCCGGUCGAUGGGUCGCAGGAAACAUGCGGGUCUAUAUUCCCAUCUUUGCAGUCACACAUUCACCCACCCACUUCUGGAACCCUGACAAAUUUAUUCCUGAUCGCUGGCUAGAUGGUGCAGAGGGCCCAUAUCAGAAAGAUAAUAGAGCGGCAUUCCAUCCCUUUUCGACAGGACCGCGGGGUUGUAUUGGCCAAGACAUGGCAUAUGGCAUGACAAAGGUAAUAUUCUGCAAAUUUGCAACAGAGUUCAACUGUGAACUUGCGUCUGAUGAUACCGGCUCCUGGCUCACAGGUCUUCGUUCAUGGGGAACAUGGGAUGUGCCGCCACUCAUGGUGCGGGUAUCUAGGGCGGAAAGGCCAGCAUCUGACUAUGAUAUGAUGUCGUUGUAA